CCUACAACAUUGAACAAACACCCCGCUUUCUCAGAGCUAGCCUGUCGAGCUCUAACAUACCUAGUACGUCAGCGUGUGGGAGAAGGAAAGUGAGCAUAGAGCAUAGAGCUUAGCAGCACAAGCUCUUUUGACGGCCCUCGGCUGAGAACGCCACCCCACCAAACUAAUCACGACGUCAAGCUCAACAAACCUCCCCUCCCCCUCUCCUUACGUCACACCACUGAGCUUCCUUUGAGCUCCUGCGACUUUUAAUUCCCAAACAGCAGUCCGGAACUGCUGAUUCAUUGAAGUCACAAUGUCGACCGAUAUGGAUUUCCAAGACAUCCAGGACCUGGAGGCUGCGCGAAAAGCCGCCGGUGCUGCUGCUACUAGCAGUGAUAAUGAAGAUGUCUUUGAAGAGGGCGUCGCCCCGAAAGAGGCUAAGACGGCGCAUCACAUUCGCGCAAAUAGCUCUAUCAUGCAUUUGAAGAAACUCCUCGUUGCCAACAGAGGUGAAAUUCCUAUUCGUAUUUUUAGAACUGCUCACGAAUUGUCACUACACACCGUUGCUGUUUUCAGUUAUGAGGACCGACUUAGCAUGCAUCGGCAGAAGGCCGAUGAAGCCUACGUCAUUGGUAAACGAGGUCAAUAUACGCCGGUCGGCGCUUACCUUGCCGGCGACGAGAUUAUCAAAAUUGCCUUGGAACAUGGUGUUCAGAUGAUCCAUCCUGGAUACGGAUUUCUUUCAGAAAAUGCCGAGUUUGCGCGAAACGUUGAGAAAGCUGGUCUCAUUUUUGUUGGCCCCUCUCCCGAUGUCAUCGAUGCCCUCGGUGACAAGGUUUCUGCUCGGAAACUUGCCAUUGCCGCGAAAGUUCCUGUUGUCCCUGGAACCGAAGGCGCGGUUGAAAGAUAUGAGGAGGUAAAGAAAUUUACUGACGAAUAUGGAUUCCCUAUCAUUAUCAAAGCCGCCUAUGGUGGUGGUGGCCGAGGUAUGAGAGUGGUGCGAGAACAAGGCAGUUUGAAAGAGUCCUUUGACCGAGCCACUUCCGAGGCCAAGACGGCUUUCGGUAAUGGUACGGUAUUCGUUGAACGCUUCUUGGACAAGCCCAAACACAUUGAGGUUCAGCUUCUCGGAGACAACCACGGAAACAUUGUACAUCUGUACGAGCGUGACUGCUCGGUCCAGCGGAGACAUCAAAAGGUGGUUGAGAUUGCGCCCGCCAAGGAUCUCCCCGCCGAGACCCGCGACAACAUUUUGGCCGACGCGGUGAAGCUGGCAAAAUCCGUAAACUACCGAAAUGCGGGUACCGCAGAGUUCUUAGUCGACCAGCAAAACCGUUACUACUUCAUCGAGAUCAACCCUCGUAUCCAAGUCGAACAUACCAUUACCGAGGAAAUCACCGGUAUUGAUAUCGUUGCGGCUCAGAUCCAAAUUGCCGCGGGUGCUUCGCUAGCUCAGCUCGGCUUAACUCAAGACCGAAUCUCUACGAGAGGAUUCGCUAUUCAAUGCCGUAUCACCACUGAGGACCCGUCUAAGCAAUUCCAGCCCGACACUGGAAAGAUCGAGGUGUACAGAUCCGCUGGUGGUAAUGGAGUGCGUCUUGAUGGUGGUAACGGAUUCGCUGGUGCGGUUAUCACGCCAUACUACGACUCCAUGUUGGUCAAGUGCACAUGCCACGGCUCAACCUACGAGAUCGCGCGCCGAAAGAUUCUUCGAUCUCUCAUCGAAUUCCGUAUUCGUGGCGUGAAGACAAACAUUCCCUUCCUUGCUUCGUUGCUGACUCACCCGACCUUCAUUGACGGUAACUGCUGGACUACAUUCAUCGAUGAUACACCUCAGCUGUUCGACCUUAUCGGCAGUCAGAACCGUGCACAGAAGCUGCUAGCUUACCUCGGUGACAUCGCCGUCAACGGAAGCAGCAUCAAGGGUCAAAUCGGCGAACCUAAGUUCAGGGGCGAUAUCAUUCUUCCCGAGCUUUUCAAGGAUGAUGGCUCGAAACUUGAUGUCUCCGAGCCUUCCAAGAAGGGAUGGAGACAAAUUCUCCUUGACCAAGGCCCGAAGGGAUUCGCCAAGGCUGUUCGCCAAAAUAAGGGUUGCCUGCUGAUGGACACUACAUGGCGUGAUGCUCAUCAAUCUUUGCUAGCUACCCGUGUACGGACAAUUGAUCUCCUAGGUAUUGCAAAGGAGACGAGCCAUGCCCUUUCCAACCUGUACAGUUUGGAAUGCUGGGGUGGUGCUACUUUCGAUGUCGCCAUGCGUUUCCUCUACGAAGACCCGUGGGACCGCCUCCGCAAGAUGCGCAAGGCCAUCCCAAACAUUCCCUUCCAGAUGCUUCUGCGAGGAGCAAACGGUGUGGCUUACGCUUCACUCCCCGACAACGCUAUUGACCACUUCGUGGAGCAAGCGAAGAAGAACGGUGUUGAUAUCUUCCGAGUGUUCGACGCCUUGAAUGACAUCAACCAGCUCGAAGUCGGUAUCAAAGCUGUACAGAAGGCUGGUGGUGUGGCCGAGGGAACCGUUUGCUACAGCGGAGAUUUCCUAAACCCCAAGAAGAAGUAUAACCUUGAGUACUACAUAGACCUAGUAGACAAGCUGGUAGCCCUAGACAUCGAUGUUCUUGGAAUCAAAGAUAUGGCUGGUGUGCUGAAGCCUCGCGCUGCCACCCUUUUGAUCGGCGCCAUCCGAAAGAAGUAUCCUGAUCUUCCAAUCCACGUCCAUACUCACGACUCUGCUGGCACUGGUGUUGCUUCCAUGGUUGCUUGUGCUCAAGCGGGUGCGGAUGCCGUCGAUGCCGCCACAGACAGUCUCUCUGGUAUGACUUCUCAGCCUAGCAUCAAUGCUAUCAUCGCAUCACUUGAGGGCAGUGAACAUGAUCCCGGCCUAAACCCCGCUCAUGUUCGUGCCCUGGACACCUAUUGGUCUCAACUUCGUCUUCUAUACUCACCUUUCGAGGCUCACCUUAUUGGACCUGACCCCGAGGUAUACGAGCACGAAAUUCCUGGUGGUCAGCUUACCAACAUGAUGUUCCAAGCAUCUCAACUUGGUCUUGGCUCUCAAUGGGCUGAAACUAAGAAGGCUUACGAACAAGCCAACUACCUUCUUGGCGACAUUGUCAAGGUUACGCCAACUUCGAAGGUGGUUGGUGACCUGGCCCAGUUCAUGGUUUCGAACAAGCUUUCGCCUCAGGAUGUUGUCGAUCGCGCUGGUGAGCUCGAUUUCCCCGGUUCGGUUCUCGAAUUCCUUGAAGGCAUGAUGGGUCAACCGUACGGUGGGUUCCCCGAACCUCUACGUUCGAGGGCCCUCAGAGACCGCCGCAAGUUCGAUAAGCGACCUGGUCUUUAUCUCGACCCCGUCGACUUUAAGAAGACGCGUUCUGAGCUUGUGCAAAAAUGGGGACAGGUUAGCGAAACGGACGUCGCUUCCUUCCUCAUGUACCCCAAGGUCUUUGACGACUACAGGAAGUUUGUACAGAGAUUCGGCGACCUCUCCGUCUUGCCGACAAAGUAUUUCCUCUCGGCGCCUCAGAUUGGCGAAGAAUUCCAUGUGGAGCUAGAAAAGGGCAAGGUCCUGAUCCUGAAGCUGUUGGCUGUCGGACCUCUAUCUGAGAAUACCGGUCAACGAGAGGUGUUCUACGAGAUGAACGGUGAAGUUCGUCAAGUUACCGUUGAUGACAAGAAGGCUAGCGUUGAGAACGUCAGCCGACCAAAGGCUGAUCUUGGCGACUCUAGCCAGGUUGGCGCACCAAUGGCCGGUGUCUUGGUUGAGUUGAGAGUCCAUGAAGGAUCUGAUGUCAAGAAGGGAGAUCCCCUCGCUGUACUCAGCGCUAUGAAGAUGGAAAUGGUUAUUUCAGCUCCCCACAACGGUAAGGUAACAGGUCUUCAAGUCAAAGAAGGCGACUCGGUCGAUGGAUCGGACUUGGUGUGCAAAAUCGCAAAGUCUUAAGUAUAGUUCGCUUACUAAAUUGGAUGGCUCAUGGGAAUUCAAGAGUGGAGUAACGGUAUGGGUUACUGACGAGGGUUUGGCUGGAGUGUUUAAGGGACGGGAGAUUAGAACAUAAGGAUUGGAGCGGAAUUCUCUCAACGCGUAUGGCUUUGAUUUACUCCUAAGUUUUCUCUUUCACUCACGAGAGUACAAAAUAUUCAGGUACACCGCAUGUGCCUAGUCUUUGCAUCCACAAAUAUCAUUAUCAAAUUCAUCAUCUAUCGCUAUCUCUCUGUGCUCUGUUUUGCUACAAACAAUCU